AUGGCAAGACAAGAAGAAGAAGCCUCGUGGCUGCACACACAAGCAUAUGCAGUACAACCGCAUUUCGUCACCGCCGUUGUUGUAAAAGACAUCAUCUCGGGUUUUCUAGCUAGUUUUCUGUACGAUGCACAGAAAGAGCACCGUGAAAAACACCGCAAGGGGAAAAAUUCCCCGAAUCCUCAAAUUUCCCCAAAUACUCAAGCGGUGUUGGUGGGCGGCAUUAUUUUGAUGUCGCUUCUUUUCAACUGGUGUUUUCCGCCACCACCACCACCUUCAUCAUCACCACCACCACCAACACCAACGAACAACAAUAACACCAACAACAACAUAGUCUAUGUUGCGCCGCCAGAUACCACUGCUAUAACGGCUGCCGUUGCUUCACUGGUUGAAGCGACAGAUACCUUGUCCACCGCCGCAGCAGUUUUAAUCGCCAUCGUUCAGGAUCUGCGAUCCGUUCAGACUCCGAGCACCAAUCGUCGGACUCCGCCCAGCGCCAAUCGUCGGACUCCGCCCAGCGCCAAUCGUCAGACUCCGCCCAACACCGAUGAUCAGACUUCGUCCAUCAUCGCUACUCUGAAUCCGGCCGACGUACUGAAUCCGUCCAUCCCCAUUUUGCACCGCCCAUCCACCUGGACCCUUACGCCUCUGGAUCCAGACAGCUUUCCUCCCCUUUCAUCCACCUCGAAUGUCGGUACAUCCACCUCGACGUCCGUGCCUUCACUGUACUCGACCAGCCUUCCACCCUCGUCGAUCAGCCGUCAUUUAUGGAAUCAGGCCAUUUUGUCCAACCGUACUUCACCGUUCUCGAUCAGCCUUCCACCCUUGCCGAACACCCGUACUUCACCGUUCUCAAUCAGCCUUCCACCCUUGCCGAACACCCGUACUUCACAGUCCUUGACCAGGAUUCCAUCCUUGCCGACCACCACCGGUUCGUCCACCACCACCACCACCACCAGUUCAUCCACUUCACUCGCCGAGUCAUUUACCACUUUUGGAGGCCACGACUCAUCUACCACUUCUGGAAGCCACGACUCAUCUACCUCUCCUGGAGGCCAAGACUCAUCUACCUCUCCUGGAGGCCACGACUCGUUUGAUUGA